UUGACGUUACGUCGCAGCCUCGGUAAUGGCAAGUGACAGAGGGUGAGGAAGACGAGGCGAAAGUUUUUCAGCUAGUAGUUGCCGUUGGGGGGAGUUUUUAUGCUCGAUAACAACAGCAGCGUCACAUUCCUCUACUCUGACACGGAUUCAGCCUUGUCGUCGUCUGACUGAAAAUCAACCGUCUUUCGUGUGAGGCUAAAGUCGUGAACCGAGGGGGUCUGUCGGUUGGUCUCGUAGCAGCUGAGCAGAGAUAUAUACACCAGAAGUUUUGUUCGACUUGGAGCAAAUUCACCGAAGAGGAGAAACUAUGACCAACAGAGAAGACGAAUAUGACUAUCUCUUUAAAGUGGUGCUGAUCGGAGAUUCAGGUGUAGGGAAGAGUAACCUGCUGUCACGCUUCACCCGCAAUGAGUUCAACCUGGAGAGCAAGAGCACCAUCGGGGUGGAGUUUGCCACACGCAGCAUCCAGGUAGAAGGCAAGACCAUCAAGGCUCAGAUCUGGGACACAGCUGGACAGGAGCGAUACCGAGCUAUCACUUCUGCGUACUACCGUGGAGCAGUUGGAGCUCUCUUGGUUUAUGACAUUGCCAAACACCUGACGUAUGAAAACGCUGAGCGCUGGCUGAAGGAGCUGCAGGACCACGCAGACAGCAACAUAGUCAUCAUGCUAGUGGGAAACAAAAGCGAUCUACGCCACCUGAGAGCUGUGCCCACAGAUGAGGCCAAGGCUUUUGCAGAGAAGCAUGGCUUGUCUUUCCUGGAGACAUCAGCGUUAGACUCGUCUAAUGUGGAGCUGGCUUUCCAAACUAUUCUCACAGCCAUCUACAACAUCGUGUCACAGAGGCAGAUGUCAGGGCGAAGCGACUCAGACUUCUCACCAGCCUCCAACGUAGUGCCCAUCACGGUCGAGCCCACCCAAAACUCAGCCAACAAGGGCGUCUGCUGCCAGUCCAACUGAGACCUUAUCACUGACCUCCUCCUUCACCUCCAGGCAAAUGGAGAAACAGCCUCAUAGACAAACAGACACAGACAGAUGGACAGAUGGACAGGGAAAAUGGAGAGACAGGUAGAAAUAACCAUUUCACAGAGGGACAUACUGGGGUUGAUUUGUCUAGUGUCUGGUUAAGAAAAACUUAAUACAGUAUGAAGAGAGGGACCAGUGAAGGAGGGAUGGUAAAGAAGUUUAGAUAAGCAGUCAAGGGGGGUGUGAAUAGGGAGGUGCACACUGUAUAACUUUGAAAGAGGUACAUGAUCAGAAUUGAUUCACAAUCUAAUGAAAAAUUUAACAUUAUAAGGUCCCUUUUGUAUCUCAUCACGAUUUCUGUCUUUGCAAACUGUCCUCCCUUUGAAAGCUCUGUUUUACAAGCCAGUAAAUGCUUUCCCUCAGUUCCCCACUACCUGGAUAUUGAGCAAUAAAAAUCCACAUCCAGUAGACUGAUCUGCAACCCCUCUGUCGCCACUGUCAUUCCCAUUUUUCCAAAAUGUAUAAUAUUUAGAUAAGUGUCCCAGAUAAUAUUUAUUGAACACUAGAUUAAGGUCUUGUUUGGCCAAAGGGUUUGCAAUUUAACACUGGUUGGUUCAGAAUUUCCCCACUGAAUUCUUCAUUGCAAAGGGAGCUCUCUUGCUUUUCGUGCUUUUGCUUUUACCUGCAAUCAAAUCUCUAUGUGGAGAAGCUUGUAAGGGCAACUGUUCCUCACUAAUGGAAGGAGCCAGGGCUUCAAGUAAUUUUUUCCUAAAUGCGCAGGUUGGUCGAAGUUGGUCGGUUCAAGUUGUAUUCCACCAGGCCACUUAGAGCAAUAACAUCCCUCCCAAACAGUGGCAUGUAAUUUCUCUUUGAUUGCUUUUGAUCUUUGUUUGGAAGCCUUUCCUGCUCUGUGCACACUUUGUACUCUAUAGAUGAGUCAUGCUCUUGUGAGCUUUGCACAGUGUUAACUCUAAACGAGAUGGGAUAGCUGCAUCACUCGUGGAUAUGUUAACUGCCUAACAUGUCGGUGGGAUAGCAGCACUGUUGAUGACCGUUUCACCCCUGCUCUGAAAAUUUGGGCGUAGUGGAAGAGAUUAUGUUUAAAUGCAUGGACAACCCUGCACUGCUGCUCCUGCUGGCUGCUAGCGGGGAUGGAUGGCUGGAUGGAUGGAUGGAUGGAUAAUGUUUCAGGAGAUGAGGUAGUGAGGGCACUCAGCCCUGCCCUGCUCCUGUGAUCUCUGAUGUACCCGAGAUGGCUUGUUUUACUGUAAGUGAAAUCCUCCGCUGCCUGCUCACCUACUCCUCUCUGUCUCUCUCCACACUGUAUAUAACUGGAACAGGACUCUGCCUUCUGGGAUCUCCCUGAGGUCUGCCCUCGCUCUCACUUGUCUUUAUUUCCUGUUGAGGGGGCGGGGGUUCUAUUCAGGAGCCAGGAUUGGGUUUGUUAGUAUGUAAUAGUUUAAGCGAUGAGGAAAAGGAGAAAAGGAUGGAAGUGUUGGGAGGGGCUUGAUUAAAUCCAAAGGUUAUGCACACAGAUGGCGUUUAUCCUGCUGAUGUGUUCCCACAUCAACACUGACUCCUGUUGACUUCACAGGUUUUGAACUGGGUGGUGUAGGUUAGGGCUUUUUAAACAUUUAUUCUAAUAUAUGUAUAUUUGGACUGCAUAUGUAUAAAUAAAUCUCAUUUGUUAUA